UUGGUUAAAAAAAAAUAUAAGAAAAUAAAAAAUAGGAAUAACAUUCCAGCGUAGUGAUUUUUUUUUUUUUUUUAGAAAAUGUGCAAUUAAGUGUAAAUAAACAAAAAACAUCAAAGUGGCCAAACACUGCGUGAAAUCUCAUGAACACGAUGACUUCAUUAUAUUAACGCCCGUUAAAGGUAUUUUGAUAUUUACAGUAUGGUCAAUACAGAUGAAAUAUGCCCGCUGACCACUUUAUUAGGAACAGCUUUUCACACACAGCAGUAUAGGUGACGAUCAGGCAAUAUUUUUCCAUUCUUCAGCUGUACAGUUUUAGUGAGCCUGUGUCAACUGCAGUCUCAGUUUCCUGCUCUUGGGUGACAGGAUUAGUAGCCAAUGUGGUCUUCUGCUCUUGUAGCCCUUCUGCCUCAAAGUGUGGCAUGUUGUGCAUUGCUUUUCUGAAAUUUUUUUUUUUUUUGGGUGCUUUUCUGCUCACUAUGGUUGUAAAGAGUAUUUUUAUUUGAUUUACCGUAGACUUCUUAUCAGCUCAAACUAGUCUGACCAUUCUCCUCAGACUACUCUCAUCAACAAGGCGUUUCCAUCCAUACAACUGCCCCGACUGGAUAUUUUUUGCUUUUCACACACCAUACUAUGUAAACUCGCUAUAGACUGUUGUGUGCAAACAGCCAUGCCACAUUGACUGAGAUGAAAUUUUAUUUUUCACCAUUCUAAUGGUUGAUGUGAACAUUUAUCUGAAUCUCUUGACCUGUAUCUGCAUAAUUUUAUGCACUGCACUGGCACAGCAUGAUUGACUGAUUCUAAUAGCAUGAAUGUACAGGUGAAUUAAAGUGGCUAGUGAGUGUCCACUGGGCUGGAUUAUCCAAGGGGCAUUAUGGGCAUGGGCCCACGCACACUUGGGGCCUAAGUGAAGGGAAGAGAGAGGUUUUUUUUUUUUUUUCUCCUCCUUCUUUUCUUUUCUUUUUUUCUUACAUUGCCGAAAAUGGAGUGCAGUGUCUGGUUGGGCCACACAAAAUUUAAAAAAAUGUGUGCCAAUUAACGUCUACAGUGGCAUAGGUCGUAGGAAGUGUGGCUCUUAAAAGUAGCUUUUGAUUCGUUCGACCCGAUGUUCAAGUCCGCCUUUUGCCGAACUCUCUCUUCUCCCUUUUCCCAUCACAUAUCAGAUCGGAAAGGCAUUUAUUUUCAAUAAAAAUGAAGUAAAUAUUUGAAAAGUGGAAAUAAAGUGCCUAAUGAUUGUUUAAUAAUAAUAGUGUUUAUCGUUUAGGUGUAGGGGUGGCUUUAUUGUUCCAGUAAGGUGGCAUCUAUUUAAUAAUCUUGAUAAAUAUAGUCAUGGGCCCACAAGACAUUGUGCAAAGGGGCCUUUGAAUUCUUAAUCCGGCCUGUGUACACGUACGUUUAUAAAAAAAAAAAAUUUGAUUUGACAAUCAUCAGGGGAUGGUUUUGUUUUGUUUUGUUUUUGUUCAGCUUUGUGUUUGUGUGUCGUAAAUGGGGUCUCGGUCAAACUAAAAAAAUCUCAUUGUGGUCAACAUGCUCUGAUCUGCCAAAAAAAAGUGGCAAACAGUACUCAGUCAAUACUGUAAAUACAGUGACAGUAAAUGAAUAAUCAGUGGAUUUGUUCAAUUCACUUAGUUAAAGGUAAUGAUAAUGUUGCCAGGAGUGUUCAGUUAUUUAAAAUAUGUAUCAGUAAGUUUUAUGAUCCUUCACUGCAUCUUCUGUAUUCCAUAAUAUUUCAGAUUAAAUGGGUUUCAGACUCAAAUACUUUAAUCAGCCUUCAUUCUAUAUUAGAGCUGAAGUCUGACAAAAACAUAAAGGCUUUUUUGGUUUGUUUUUUGUAUGCGUGUGUGUGUUUCAGGCAAUGCGAUGGAGGAGGGUCUCCAGAGUCGCUCUGUCUCUGUUUCCAGUCAGGUGACCCCCACCUCAGCUGCUGGAAUGGCAUCUGGCAUGGAGCUACCCAGGAAACGCAAGGGCAGCACUGACAAGUGUGUGUGAGAGUGUGUGUGUGUGUGUGAGAGUGUGUGUUGCUAAUAUUUGUCCAUGUGUAAAGAUGAGAUGGGUGUAUUAGCAAUAACAUUCACUAAAUCAGAAUGCCGUUUUAUGUUUGUCAUGGUACUGCAAUUUCCAUUUAAGUAAAAAUCUCUCAUUUGGAUUUUCCUCCAUCCGGAUUUUUCUGAAUGACAGGUGUGUCUGUUUUCUUUUAAAUAAUGACUGAAGUCUAACUGUUUGUUUAGUUUGUGUUAAUCAUUGAGCCACUUUGUUUCCAGGGAAACUAAAUCAGCAUCAGUGCUGGAUGAAGACAUGGAGGAGGAGCAGGAAAGGUCCGAAGGGGAUGAUCCACAUGUGAAAAUGAAGUGUUUCAGGAACAAGAAUUGGUGUGGCAUUUUCAGUCACACAUCAAUGAGGCAGACAAUGUCUAACCAUCAGGUGAAAAAUGGUGUGAUGCAAAAUGAUGAUGGGAAAACUCAUUACAGGUCCUGAUUUAGCUAUUAGUUAUUGUCUCUUGCAUUUUAUUGACUACCCAGUUACAGUUACUACUGUUUAUCCACAGAGGUCAUUUCUUUGCAUUAUUUGCUGCAGUUUCCCAGACUCAGUAGCAUAUAAGGACAAUGUACACCUACAGACUAGGAUUGUUCAACACAGUGAAGUAACGUAUGAUGAUCUCUGAAGGCCAGGAGAAAUGGACAUUAUGGUUGCUUUUAAGCAGUUGAGAAAGAUAGAGCAGGAGGACUGAAGAAUCCGCUUGCUGAUGAUCAAUAGCUACACUGCGAGAAGUGCUUUUAGAGAAAGUCAGAGAGCCAGUGGUGCACUCGGAUCAACCGGAAUGUAUUUAUUUUUCCCCUUCAUGAUUUUGCCAUUUUGUGCACUUUUAACCCAUACACCCUAAAACUGAUUUUGGAGAAGGUUUUUUUGGUUGUCUUUUUCACACUUUUAGGAAUGAUUUAUUUGUAAUUGUUCAAGAAUCCUUACAUCUAUAAAACUUAAUUUUAUUGUUUAUUUGUUUGAAACAAAAUCUACAGUAAGAGUUAAAUUAGUGUCAUGUACAUUUGUACCUUUUUGAGCAGUGUGACUUUGUUGAGCUUAAUAUCAUGUGAGAAUUCAGUCUGAUUAUGUCUGAAUCACGUGCAAAAAGACAUUGAUAAACAAGCUGCCUAUCCAUAGGGAACCUCACAGCCAAAUAGAAAAAAGGCGGCGGGACAAGAUGAAUAACCUGAUCGACGAGCUGUCGGCCAUGAUUCCCACGUGUAACCCCAUGUCCCGCAAGCUCGACAAACUCACUGUGCUUCGCAUGGCUGUGCAACACCUCAAGUCACUCAAAGGCACAACCAGCUCCUUUGCCGAAGCCAACUACAAGCCUUCAUUCCUUCCUGAUGAUGAACUCAAGCACCUUGUUCUCAGGGCUGCAGAUGGAUUCCUGUUUGUGGUUGGAUGUGACCGGGGGAAGAUAGUCUUUGUUUCAGAGUCUGUUUCAAAGAUUCUGAACUACACUCGGCCAGAGCUGAUUGGCCAGAGUUUGUUUGACUAUGUUCAUCCAAAGGACAUAGGAAAAGUAAAGGAGCAGCUCUCAGCCUCUGAGCUCUACCCACGGGAACGCCUUAUAGACGCCAAAACGGGACUCCAGGUGCAAGCUGAUCUCCCUGUAGGAGCCACCCGUCUGUAUUCAGGAGCUCGCCGCUCUUUUUUUUGCCGAAUGAAGUGCAACAAAGUUGCUGUUAAAGAAGAAAAAGACUUCCAGGCCAGCUCAUCAAAAAAGAAAGAAUCACAGCGUUAUUGCACGGUGCACUGUACCGGCUAUAUGCGCACUUGGCCCACCAGUCAGCUCGGAGCAGAGGGUGAGGCCGAGGCCGAUAAGGAGAGCUCCCACUUCAGCUGCCUUGUAGCCGUGGGCCGUGUGCACCCUCAUUCCAUCCCCCAGGCCAACGGAGAGGUCAAGGUCAAGCCCACAGAGUUCAUCACUCGCUGUGCCAUGGAUGGCAAAUUCACAUUUGUAGAUCAACGAGCUACCACCGUACUUGGAUAUCUACCACAGGAGCUGCUAGGCACAUCCUGCUAUGAAUACUUUCAUCAAGAUGAUUUGCUCCAUUUAGCAGACCGACACCGAAAAGUUUUGAGAAGUAAAGAGAAGAUCGAGACAAACUGCUACAAGUUCAAAACGAAAUAUGGCUCUUUUGUCACCUUGCGAAGUCAGUGGUUUAGUUUUAUAAAUCCCUGGACCAAAGAAGUAGAAUAUAUAGUGUCAACAAACACGGUCAUGUCUGAUAAGAGCAAUUCCAGUGGAUCAGGGGACAAGUCAGAACAGCCAAUAGAUUCCAAAGCUUUGGAAGAGGAUGCAAAGAAAUCCCUCCCCAUCAUCCCAGGCAUCUCGAAUGCUUCGGGCACUAUGAUUUAUGCUGGAAGUAUCGGAACACAAAUAGCUAAUGAGCUACUGGAUUUUAAUAGGAUGAACUCUUCCCCAUCCAGUGGCAAUGCCAGCCCCUUCAGUGUGCUGCAGGACAAAUCUCCACUGGUUCUCGCUCAAGCCAGCAGCAAUGUGCCAAAUGGGGAAGUGACAGAAUCGCAUGUGCCCAGCAAGUCAGGCUCGGAGGAUGAUUCGCAUAGUGGACCCUUUCCUGGAAGUGAAAAUGUCAUGGAGGGACCAUCUCAGUUGGAUCUAGAAGGGGUCCCAGGUCUAGGAAGUUUAAGCAGCGAUGAGGCCGACAUGGCAGUCAUAAUGAGCCUGCUGGAAACUGACGCCAACCUGGGAGAGGGCAUGAACUUUGAUGAGAUGCGCUGGUCUCUCUAACUUCACAGCUCCAAUGUCUUUCCUUGAGUUUUAUGAUGUUUUUUUUUUCUUUUUUUGUAAAGACAUUUUUAUUCCUUGGUGGAUGUUGUUUUGUUUUUGUUUUUUAAACAAACCUUGUAUCACUGGGCCCAAGAUCAUCCACAUCAUGUCUCCUGACUAUUUUUAAUCUGUUAGGUUGUUUGUUUGGUUUUUUUUUGUUUGUUUUUUUUAUUGCUGCAUGAGUCCUCCACUGAUCCCUCAGUGCAGGAGAAAUAUAUCCAGAGAGCAGCAAAAGACACCGACAGUGUCUCUUGGGUCAAACCUGUUUCUGUUGUCCCCUGUGUAUAUCUUCCAGAAGAAUGAAGAGCAGAAGAGUCUGCAUGUAAAGAACCAGAAUACCUUAAGCAAUGACCAGAUUUUUAUUGGUCUUCAGCUGUGAGGACAAUAAUCAGCUGUUUUCCAAUGCUGAAAGAAGCCUGUCUCUGUCAAGCCAUAACACACGUUCCCAAAUAGUUCGCUUUUAAUUCAUUAAACUUGUUGGUUUUUAGGAAGGGGAAAAAAAUAAACAUUUUACAGAAUACCUACAUUCUUAAAGUAAUGAAACCUGAGAGAUAUUAGUUAUUCUCUUGGCCAGAAGGGAUCUUUUAAACCCAGGCUUGUGGUCAUUUGUCAAACAGUAUGUUCUGAGAGAUCUGAAUCAUACAGAAGCCCUGAAAUGCAAGUUGUAAAAAAAAAAAAAAUAUUGAAGAGCCAUGUCACUAUUUAGACAUAUCUCAUUAUUUUGACUUAAUCAUAAUUUUAACAUAUUAACAUCUUGUUUAUGUUUCACAACUCCACCCCACAGUCUAUCAAUUAAAUUCAUUUAAUGAAUAUCAUACAACAGUUAGUUCUGGUCCGCUAAUUUGACAAGCGGCAUUCCAAGUCCUGAUGUUUAGUAUAAGCACAACUGUGGAAUAUUUCCACUGUUUGUAUCACUCCGCUUGUCUGAAAUUCCCUGAACUCAACUAAUCAAAUCGGUUGCAUUCACAAUUAUGGAAUUUCUGUCAGAGUCAAAAUAAUAAGAUAUGUUGUUAAGUUGAAAUAACAAGAUAUUCGUUUGAAAUCAUGACAUGGCAAGUUCAUGUUCAUUUUUUUCCACAGCUCGUGGUUUAGGGCUACUGAGGAAUUGGCGCGUGGGGCUUGAACUAUUUUUGGUCUUAAAAUGAUUUAGUUUGUGUUUCAUUUGACCAUGAUUCAUAUCUGCACAGUUCUCAGUGAUGCUUUGAUAUUACAACAUCCUUUUUCAGGAAGUAUUCUCUGAUAAGCUAUACGUCACCAUAAAGCAUUGAAAACAUGAAGAUAUUAUCCAGAUGAAUCCAGAAUACUCAGGGAGCAAAUGGCUGGGAAGUUUAAUUUUUUUUUUUUUCACCCACCUUGUGCAAUUUUUCCAUAUUUGUCCUUUGGCAUGUUUCCACUGGCACACCAGGUUGGUGUAUAGAUUUUCUUUUAUCAGUCAAACAUUUGCUAAUUAUUCCAUUUUGCUGUGAAAAUCACUCCCAGGAAUCUUUUAUUGCAGAGAAAACUCUUCGUAGGAUGAAAGCACAUUGGAGCACAUUAUAAACCUCAAGAUGCACAGUUUCUUCUUGACCCUCCGAGCUUUCCAACAUUGCUCCCUUUUGGACACUCUGAAUUUUUAGACACUUUAAUGUGAAUCUUGAGCAGAUUAAGCUAUACCAUAUGUGAGAAGCUGAUUAUUUGAAGUAGCCAAAUUGGUUGGAUGUUAGGCCUGUCAAGUUUGGUUUGAUAGAAACAAUUUAGAAAAAUCUUCUUUUCAGGUAUUGAUGGUGACGUAUUUUUUAAAAAAAACAGCUGUUCAGAUUAUAUAUAAUAUAAAUUGUAAGAGUCUAAUGGCCUUAUUUAACCGCAUUUGUUUGGUUCAGUGUACUGACAUACCAAAGUUGUUUAAUCUGACAGGAUAACGCAGUGUUCUUGACUGCGGCGCAUCAUUAAUACACUAAAGCCGUUCCCUGUAACUGCUUUAUCAGUAGUUGUUUUGAACAGAUUGUACAAAAUAUCCUCAUUCAUAUUGAACAUUAGAUAGGCCACCUAGACUAGUACUUAUUAAGGUCUUGUUCCACUUCCACUGUAAGGUUCCAUGGCCACUGUAGGUUCUCCUACUGUAUUGUCCAUUUUCCCCCCAUGCCUGACUUUUUAACACACGGACUGAUGAACAUCAAGGAACAACUUCUGAUAUUUAGUGGAAUAUGGAGACUUACUGUGAUGGCCAGUGAGGGUUUGGUUUGGUCAGUUGGGGCCUUAAGCACAGCUGUUCUCUCGACCCACACGAACAAGCAGUGAGCUGUGACAGAUGUGCCAUACAUGAACGGCAAAAAAGUAUUUGUCUUUUGAGUUGCUGUUUUUUCUUAGUAUCUAUGUACUGUAUGCAUUCACCCCUUAGCAUAGGGUCAUUGUCCUUCAGUGUGAAUAUGUGCUAUAUGCACUGGCACUAAGCAAAACAAAUAAGUACUGUAUUUAGUUUAGAACCACAGCCAUUAUACCUUCUACUACUUCAGUCCUAGUUUCAGUUAUAUUGAAAUAGCCUGCAUAGAAAUAUGCUAGAUAUAUGUUGUUGAUCUUUUAGUGUUAUUCAUGCAUGCUGGCCUUUUUAUGUAACUGUUCAUUUUGUUUGUGUGUGUGGUGGUGUUUUUUGUUGUUGUUUUGUUUGUUUUUUACUGAAUUUUUGUUAGUAUUGGAUAAAGGUAAUUUUUUGCCUUAUGUCAUGGACCAGAAAUUUGUCGUUCUGAUGUUUUCCCUUGCUUAUGUCUUGGAGCGUGGUGAUUAGUUCACUGUUCGAUUGGGGACACUCGUAGUUUCUCCAGUUCCUCCUUCCAUGAACUGUUUGUGAGGGGAAUGUGGUUGGACGUGGGAUAUGCAUCACUGUACAAGCCUCCAAAAAAGAAACGAAGAGGAUUUCAUCAAGACCACAUUCAAAACAUUGUCUUCAUCUUCCUGUGUUUUAUAAGACACAAGUGUUUGAUGCCAUGGCUGCUGCUGUGAACAGGCCUGGUUCAUGACAGAGAAGCUGUCUCUAUCUAGGCUAUCCUGUACAAAAUGACUCUUAAAUAAAUACUAGGUUCAUUUA